CAAGCAGGCCUGGGAAACGCUUUUAAUAUACUAGGGUUACCCCAAGCCAUAGCAAUCAGAGAGACAAGACAGACGUUAGCCCAAUUCGCAUUGCCAUGGCCAAAUUCAAUCCCGAGGUGGACUUUCCAGAGGUCUACAAGGUCUGCCAGUUGUUCACGCCAAGCGAUGAAGAACUGGAGAAGGUCAGGGACAUCAUGGACCGCGAAAUAAAACUGGGACUGAGCCGCGAACACCACGAACGCUCGACGGUUCCGUGUCACCUGAGCUAUGUCAAGGAAUUGCCGACGGGACGGGAACGCGGCCGAUUCUUGGCCAUCGAAAUGAUGCCGACCAACUGCCGGAUAAUGCUGGUCAAGUUCAGCAGCGAGAGGGAUAUAUACACCAGUGCCAGGUGCGUGAUCCUGCCGCACACAAUAGUGGCGGCCAAGGGAACGGAGCUAUUCACCUUUUUGGCCACCACCAUUGCCCAGUUUGUGAAGGAAAAGAAGGUGGAAAAGGACAAUCUGCCGCUGGGAAUCUCCUUUGCCUUUACCCUCAACAAGGUAGCCCUGGACAUAGGUUAUCUUGUUGCCUGGACCAAAGAGUUUGGUGCUCAUGGUGUCAUUGGCAAGGAUGUGGUUAAACUUUUACGCGAUGCUCUGGCCCAAUUCCCCGAAAUAUCCGUCGAUGUGAUGGGCAUCAUCAAUGUGGCAGCCGGUACCCUACUGGCCCUAUGCUGGGCCCAGCCGGACACCAGGAUUGGGCUGGUAAUGGGAGCCAUUGCCAACUCGUGCUACGUGGAGCGGAUCGAUAGGUGCGAAACGUACGAGGGGGAGGUGGACUCCAAGGGGGAGAUGAUAAUCAACUCGGAUUGGGCACACUUUGGCGACGGCGGGCAGCUGGACUUUAUCCGCAACGAAUUCGAUAAGCAGUUGGACACCGAGUCCAUUAAUCCCGGCAUUCGGCUGUACGAGAAGUUCAGCGGAGCCCUCUUCGUGGGCGAAUUGGUUCGCAUUGUGGUUUACUAUCUCAUGCAAAAGGGUGCCAUCUUCCAGGGAGAACGGCGCGACUACGUGGGGAUCCAGUGGAAGCUGGACAUGGUCUCGGUGAUCGAUAUAUCAAACGAUCCGCCGGGGACUUACACAAAGGCCCAGGAGGUGAUGGACAAGUUCCGCAUACGUCACUGCAAGGACCGGGAUCUGGCCGCUCUGCGUUAUAUCUGCACUAAGAUCUCAGAACGGGCCGCCAUGCUGGUAUCCAGCGGAGUGGCCGCCAUCAUUAAUCGCAUGGAGAAGCCGAAAAUCUCGAUUGCCGUAGACGGCGGCAUUUAUCGCCUCUUUCCAUCCUACUCCGCGGCCCUCAACAAGUUCACCACAAAGCUGACAAAUCCGAAAUAUAAAUUCGACUUUGUCGUCACUCAGGACAGCAGCGGGGUGGGGGCGGCCAUGAUGGCAGGAAUGGCCCAUGCCAGCAAAUACAAGACCGAUGACAAGUUAUUCGUUAUGGAGUACUAGGACAGAAGGGUUAAAUAAAUCGGACAUGUAAUUAAAUAAAAAAUA